GGGGGGGGGGGGGGGUUACCUAGUUAAUAAUAAUAAACAACAAUAUUAAAAAGACCGCGAACAAAAAAACAAAAGGAUGUGAUCGAUGGACUGUACGGUACGGAGUAUAUGAGAGGAGGGGGGUGGGAAAAGGGGAAAUGAGGAAAUAAGUUCAACUCAACACCAUUCCAAUAGCUUACCAGGUUCUCUGGUGGAGCUUCCCGAUGAUGAUUGACUGACCGAUGGAAUUAGGAGUUCCUCAGGGCGUGUCUAUUAUUGGUGUGUACCUGAAGGGGGAAAUAUCCUCCCCCCUCCUCAUUUUCCUUCGGAGCCUCCCCAUAGUAUGUAAGUUUGGAUGGAAUGGAGCAUAGAGGGCAGAUCUCUGUGCCAAUAGUUUCUCCUCUGACGCCACUUCCGAUUUGGGUCUUUUGGAUGGUUGUAGGGAAGGUUAUAUUAAUCGACCUUCCCUGCCAGAGGGAGAGAAUUCAACCGGGAAUUCCAUCCAUGACAGCCGAUGAGAACCAUUUCUGGGACAGGGGAUAGAUGCAGGAGAAUGGACUAGACCAUUGGCGUCGUAACGAUGGGGAAACAAUAGGCAUCCAUUGCAUCCAUUUGAC